CUCCCAGGCUGCUUCUCUUUGCACCUGCUCAGUCUCCCAGCUCUGUGCUGUGUGAGUGAGUGUGUGUGUAUUGAUUAUUCCAUUGUGCUAGGGAGAGAGAGGAACUGUCUGUGAAUGGAUCUGGGAGAGAGAGGGGGAGAGAGAGAGAGGUAUCUCGGAGACUGUAAAUCAAUAGGAAAAGCCCUGUCCACACAGAAAAAGUACCUCACACCACAAAGACAUUGAUUUAUUUUUUCCUAGUCUUCAUCUUCACUCUGUAAAGGGGGGAGCAAGAAAGCCCGAGAGAGAGGGAGAAAGAGAGAGACCGCCUCCUCAGCAUCCCUCAGACACAGCUUUAUCCUCUCGCACCAGCUAAGCUGGCUAUGUGUGAGAUGACUCUUGUUUUUCUAACAUUUCACCAUGGAUGCUGGUGAAUGCUUCCUCUCCUCUCCCAGGCAGGAUGAGAGAAGCUCAUGGCCAUUGGACGUCAUUCUGCCCCCUUGCCCAGAAACCACCAAAGAUACCUCUCUUCUGCCCCCCUCUCCCUCCCAUGACAUUUCCACCUCAACUGCAGCUUCCACACCUGGAGGGAGUUAUAAGGCACUUAGCCCCCAACCUUCAACCUCACAACCCACCCUUCUAGUAGCUACUAGCCCCCUGCAUCCAAAGUAUCUGCCAAAGCUCAGAACUCCUGCAGAGUCUAACUGCCAAGAGGAGGAUGAGGGGGAACCCCUACUGGGUCGUGUGCUGUUCUCCAGUGACGGAUAUGUCUACCUCCUGAAGGGGGAGGGAAAAGAGAACCAAACUCUACCCUCCCCAGCCUCACCACAGGACUCCCUGAACAGCACAGUGUUGCCAUGUACCCCUCCCACUGUAUUCCGUCUCAUCUCCACCUACCAAGGCAUAUGCUCUAACCAAAUAUCCCAACAUACCUCAGCUGGGGCAGCCAAUCCCAUCCACCUGGUGUCUGGCGCCUCAUCUAAAAUCCAAGACCAACCCAAAGAAAACAAGGUGGUAGAGAGAGGACAGGAAACCAACAAGACACUCAAACUAACCAGAGGCUCACAAAGGACACAGAUAGUGGAAAGGGUGUUAAUCUGCCUCCCAUGUCAGCUUACUUUUAGGUCUGGCAACAAGUUUGGGUGGCAUGCAUCACAUAUCCAUAUAUUGGAACACCCAUAUCAAGAUCAUCUAGCAAUGAGAGAGACAUCUGGUAUUAUCCACAGCUCUAGUGGACAGAUAUUUCUUAGCCUAUUAGAACCAAAAAUAAAUCACAGCUCACUUGAAGCUGGUCAGGAACCAGAGAAUAUAGCUCUUUUAGGGGAUCAGUCUCCCCUACUUUUAGAAAGGAUCCAAACUGUUCUAGAACCAUCAGGAAAAUCAAAGGAUGUAACUUCCCCAAUACCCGAUACAGUAACCAAAAGCCAAGUAGCUAUUAAUCCAGAAAUAAAUUCUGUCUCUCUUAGCCUAGCACCUCAAUCAUCCUUAAGCUUUCACUGCUGUGAUCCUGCUGGAACACCCCACUUAACUGAAGCCAAAGAGUCCAAGGCCCACAUGAAUGAUGAGAAUGGAGGAGCCUCAUGGAACCCAGCAGGAACAAAGACACAAGGUGAAGAGGAUGUUGAGGAAGGAGAAAGGCCCCCUCCAAACUCCCAGUCCACAGAUAUUACUGAACAGCUACUUGCAAACCAAAGCUUCUAUGGCCCAAUGUUGACAAGCUCCUUUUCUCACAUAGGAGUUGCCCCUGGCAAUGAUAAGAGAGGGGACCAUACAGACACUGAACGUGGGCUUCAGGUCCUUGAUGACUGCACAGCAACCUCAGGUCCCCAAUCAUUCCAAAGCCUUUCUCUCCAGGGUCAGCUUUCUCUCCUUCAUUCCCGCAAUUCUUGCAAAACACUGAAAUGUCCCAAGUGCAACUGGCAUUACAAGUACCAACAGACGCUGGAUGUCCAUAUGAAGGAAAAGCACCCAGAGAGUCAGAGUCACUGUUCUUAUUGUCACAAUGGUCAGCAGCAUCCACGUCUUGCCCGUGGUGAGAGCUACAACUGUGGAUACAAGCCGUACCGCUGUGAAGCAUGCAACUACUCAACUACCACCAAGGGCAAUCUCACAAUACACAUGCAGUCUGACAAACAUCUGGCCAACUUACAAAGCUACCAGGGGCCAGGAACAACACCCAAUGCUGCAGUCCCUCCCUUGGCAUCACCAGUGGCUAAUACUGGCCAGGGGGAGGGUGGCCAGCCCUCACCACCUGACCGGCAACUAAAGCAGAAAGCUUCGUGGCACUGCAAAGUGUGCAAUUACGAAACCAACAUCUCUCGAAAUCUGCGUAUUCACAUGACUAGUGAGAAGCACAUGCAGAAUGUCCUAAUGCUUCAUCAGGGGUUGGGAAUGGGGCAAGAUACCUUCCCUUUCUAUGGAAGUUCCCUUGCUCCCGAUCAGGGCAUGGACCACCAUCUGCUGUUUAAUCCCUUGCACUUCAGCUCAUCUGGGAACCAAGCUUGCAGUCUCCUUAUCCCAGAAUCUGUCUCAGGCCCUCAGCUCAACAGUUUGGGCCCUUCCAUCAUUCCCAUUCCUUCAUCUCCACCUCUGCAAGAUUCAUUCUCCUCUAACCUGGAGGAGGAGCCUUCAACUGGCAUAUUUCAGUGUCUUAUAUGCCGCUCCUUUGCUACUGAUAGCUUGGAGGGAUUGCUUUCUCAUGCAAGUAGAGGCCGCUCUCUUCCUGAAAGAGAGUGGAGAGAAGUCAGAGGAGAUUUGCACUGCUGCCGUCUCUGCUCCUACAGCACCCAACUUAAAGCCAACUUUCAGCUGCAUCUGAAGACUGACAAGCAUGCUCAGAAGUACCAACUGGCUGCCCAUAUGCGGGAAGGAGGUGCUGCACUAGCCACAGCCCAGGCCUCAGCAGUAGAGUUACCCAUCAGUGGCUACAGUCAAGCUUCUUCUUUUCCUCCACUGAAUUUGAGAUGUAAUCUUUGUGGGUUUGACAGCAACAGCAGAGAGAAGCUGCAAUUGCAUGUGCAGGGAGGAGGCCAUGAAGAAAGCCUCAGGGUGUACAAGUUCCUGAAUUCAAUGGAAGGUGCCGGUGAAAGUGACACAAGCUUCCGCUGUGGCCCAUGUGACAGCAUAGUUAGUUCUCAUCUUGGAAUGAUGGCACAUUUGCGUUCAACAAGUCACCAUCAAAGCCUUGCACAGUGGAGGCUAACACAGGGGGAAGUUAUGCUGGAAGGAAUCAUCAGUGUCUGCAGAGGAGCCCUUCCACAAGAACAUGUAAAAACACUGAGGACUUCAGAAGCUACUCCAAACUCAGAAUCUGAUGAAGAAAGCAAAGACAUGUCCCAAGGCCCUGGACAGGAUGAAGCACCCAGUACCGAAGGCGAAAAACCUGCAGAAGGGACAACGGUUUUCUGUUGCCCAUUCUGUGCCUACGUCAGUCCUUCUGAGGAUCAAGUGCAAAGCCAUGCAGUGUCACAGCACGCUCUGCAGCCUACUUUCCGAUGCCCGUUGUGUCAAGAACAGCUAACGGGAACUGCAAACCUGAGAGCUCAUCUUGGGCAUGGUCACAAUGUUGUUUCUGAAUGUGUGGAGAAACUGUUGCAGGUGGCUCAAAAAGUGGACAUGAGUUUUCAUACCAGAAUUCUUCCUAUCCGAGUAAGAGAAGAGCCAACGCAGCCCGCCUCAGAGGUCCACACUUCCUGUGACAUCCCACAUCAACCUCCCACAUCCCCUCCAGAAUCCCCUCCAGAAAUAUCUACAAGUCCAGUUCAGGCAACAGAACAUGAAGGGGACCUUGAUAAGUCCCAAGAAAAUAAUUCAUGCACAGCGUGCCAGCAGUUAUGUGACAGUUCCAAUGAUCUACAAGAACAUUUGGAGAAAGAUCACCCUGAUCUUAGCCCAUCUGAUCUCCAACAAGCAUGCGAAGCCAGAAACAGAGAAUCUGAAGUCUUAGAACUAGAUGACAAGACUGGCUCCCAGGAGAAUAUACCAGCUCCCCCACAGCAAGUGACCUACCGCAAGACCACCAAUUUUGCUAUGGAUAAAUUUAUGGACCCCUCGCGACCUCAUAAGUGUGUAGUGUGUAAGGAAUCAUUCACACAAAAGAACAUAUUGCUUGUUCAUUAUAAUUCUGUUUCCCAUUUGCACAAGGUGCGUAAAGCUUCACUAGAUCCCUCUCUGUCCAACCGACAAGAGCAAGGGGCUGCGUCUCAAAGUCACGGAGGCCAGUCUGGACAGGACAAGCCAUACAAGUGCACUGUUUGUCAUGUUUCAUACAACCAGAGCUCAACUCUUGAAAUUCACAUGCGUUCUGUGCUUCACCAGACUCGAUCCAGAGGGUCAAAAUAUGAACUUGCUAAAGCUCCUGCAGAAAAAUCUCAGCGUGACACCAUUUGCAAGAAUGAGCCUACAAAUGAUGGGAAAAAUGAACCAUCGGGGGAACUGCAGAGUGCAGUUGCCCAAAAAAGGAGGCAGCAUAUAGCUCCCUGUUUGGGUGUUCCUAUCUUACCUGCUGUUGCCCCUCCUGCAGUGCAGCUCUCCUUGGAUUUGCCCCGGCCUCCACCUCUUGUUCAGCCUCCCCCUCUGUUUGCUUCUUCUCUACUUCCCUCAUUUCCUUUAAUUCCAGAAGCCCUGUUGAAACUCCAACGUCAACAGCAGCAACUUCUGCUUCCUUUUUACCUUCAAGAGCUGAAGGUUGGUGGAGAUGGAGGAGCUUCUCAUGUCUUGCCUUUUGGAGGUGCUCAACAGCCACCAUCCAUAAAAGAAGAGGGCGAUCAGUACAGUGCAACACCAAGAGCAGCAAAGGAAAAUGAAGAUAAGAUGCCUGAUGAGCAGGAGGCAGCCACAGGGGAAGCAGAUGGCUGUCAGAAUUCAGAGUCAAAACUGGAACCAGCACCCAAAGGAGCUGGAGAUCCAACUGUAUCCAGAGCUCAUACUCUUUUAGAGAAUUUUGGUUUUGAGCUUGUUGCACAGUACAAUGAGGGAAGGCAACCAAAAAGCAGUCAACCCCAAGUUCAGCCACCACCUCCUGCUGCCCCACCUAGUGUCUCCCCCACGCCACCUUCUAUAGAAAAACUCCAAUGUGGUACUUGUGGGAAACUUUUUUCCAACAGAUUGAUUCUUAAGACGCAUGAAGAGCAUAUGCACCAGCGUCUGCUUCCAUUUGAGGCUUUGAAUCAGUAUGCUGCUCGUUACCGACGCAGCUAUGAUAGCCACAAUCCUACAGGGGUUCCCAUGGAAACACCAUCUUCCUCUGUUACCCCACUUGAUUUCUCAGUUACUUCACAGUGCUCACAACAAACAGAAGAAAAAGAGGAAUCAGGAGAUGUUAGUAUUACAGCUGAGCAGCUCAACUGUCUUCAUAGUCUUUUGGACCUUUCUAGUAAUCCAGUAGAAGAACAUUUUCUGUGGGCAGCUAAUAAGACUGAUUUGCCUCCUGCAGCCAUACAGCAGUGGUAUGCACAAGAGAAAACAAACAAUGAGGGGCAGGAAGAGGAAGGAGCGGAGGCUUCAAAAUAUGAUCGCAUGGGCAACCGACGCUUCUCACGAACAAAAUUCUCUGACUUCCAAACUCAAGCUUUGAAUAGCUUCUUUGAAUACAGUGCUUAUCCACGAGACAGCGAGGUGGAAAAUCUGUCAACUUUAUUGAGCUUGGCUGGCCGGGUGGUUGUGGUCUGGUUCCAGAAUGCCCGUCAGAAAGCAAGAAAGCAAGCAGUUGAGACUGGCUAUUCUUCUUCACCCCCACUGCUACCUAGUCCACCCGGGGAACGGCCAGCUUCUAAUAGUAAAGUGCCUCCAUGUAAGAAAUGUGGAAUCACAAUGCCAUGUAUAUUCCAGCUCAUCCAUCAUCUGAAAGAAUGCUACAAUGAGCAACAUGAGGAAGUGGCCGGUGAGGAAGAAAAACAGGAAGUGUCAAGAAACCCCAGCCAAGAAGAAGUAGAUCAAGUUCAGGAGGCAGCUCCUGAAAUUCCCUUAAUAUUCAUACAGGUCAAGGAUGAGGAGCAAAAGGCAUUGGAAGAGAAAAAUAUUGUGCCAUCAGAUGCAAAGGAAAGUGUGAGAUCAUCUACAAUUAAUGAGGAACAUCCUCAACUGUCAGAGGAAAAAAACAUUUCUGAAGAGCAAAAUUUAAUAUCCACCACUCCUGAAAUGUUAGAUCAAAACCAGUUACAAGCAGACAAUAAUAAUGUUCCAACUAAUCUAAUGGACCUCUCUCUGGUAAUACCUGCAGGACCUAGUGAUACAGGUACUCAAAGAAAAAGAAAACAUGAGGAAGAAAGCCUUUCUCCAACUUGCAGCGAAGGUGGAGAUGAGCCCCCUAAAGACAAACGCCUGAGGACCACUAUAUUGCCAGAGCAACUAGAUAUCUUACAUCAGUGGUACUUACAGGACUCUAACCCAACACGCAGCAAUCUUGAGCGUAUAUCUCUUGAAGUACGCCUCAAAAAGAGAGUUGUACAAGUUUGGUUUCAGAACACUAGGGCUCGUGAACGUAAAGGCCAAUACCGUGGGGCACCCCCUACUGUACCCUCAGGUUCCCGUCAACAAGAUGAUGCACCAAAUGAAGGAACAAAAAGGGAGGCAACUACUAGUUUUUAUUACAGUGUUUCACCAAGUCAGGUAACACCUUCUAUAGUAACCAAAGCAGUGUCCUGUCCAGGACAAGGCUCUUCUCCACUGUUACCUAAAACUCAAACUUCUUUGGGGAUGACUUCAAUGGCAGUCACCAGUAAAUCACUUGUUUGUCCAAGCCAGGCUCUCUCAGGCAUACUAAAUACUAAUCAAAUAUUACCAAACCUAAUUAAUCCUCCCCAGGCUAUCCCAGGCCUUGUCAAAUCGACUCCAACUUUAACUGGUCUUGUUAAUCCUCCGCAGGGCUUACCUAGCCUUGUAAACCCAACUCAAACUUUUCCAACUCUGGUUAAUCCUGCACAAGUACUUUCUAGUCUUGUAAACAGCCCUCAGUCAUCUCCAGGUCUGCUGCUGGCUUCUUACACAAGCAAACCUACUGUGGCUUCUAUUUUGUUGCAUACGGCCUCAGAGAUAAAACAGCCUACCACUGGCUUGUUAAGUUCUUCACAGCUAUCAGGAGAUCAAACACAGAAACGUGACAAAACAGGCUCUGCUGUUGUGGACAAUCCUGAUCAAAAUAAAAAUGUGGCUUCUGAGCAGCAGUUGCACCCACAAACUCCUGAAGACCAUCCAUUGGAAUGUCAAGGAGGAAGCAAUCAAAAGUCGUCUGAGAAAGGUGCAGCAAAACCGUUAGAAAGUCUGAUACACAGCCCACAGGGAGGGGAAAUGAGUGAUUCAUCCAGUUCAGACCCUGGACCACCAAGCCCUGGGAAAGGGGGUAUAAACUCUGAAGGACUCUUUGGAUCUACAGGAGCCAGACGUUUUCGGACUCAAAUGAGCAGCCUUCAGCUAAGGAUAUUGAAAGCAUGCUAUUCAGAGUAUCGUACACCAAGCAUGCACGAGUGUGAUUCCUUAGGUGGCGAGAUUGGCUUACAAAAGAGGGUAGUCCAAGUUUGGUUUCAGAAUGCCAGGGCUAAAGAAAAGAAAGCCAAGCUCCAGGGUCUCACUGCCACAGUCACAAGUAAUGAGGGGCCACAACCCACAGAGUGCACUCAUUGCAAUGUAAAAUAUGGGCCCACCACUCCAUGUCGUGCUCAUAUAUUUUCCCGUCAGCACAUCGCAAGGCUCCGUGCAACUAUCCAACAACAAAUAAAGGAAGAAAGCCGAUAUAGAGACAACCAUCCAACAGCAGUGGCUCCACUUGUUUCUGAAAGCAAACAGACAUCCCAGAUGCUCAGCUUCCAGGGAAGCAACUCUGCGUCACCUCAAAUCCAGAGGAUCACCCCACUAUUAAUGCCAGGACAAGGCAUCCCUGCACCAAUUGGUGGUUUGGCAACAUUUAAUGCAGGGCCUCCUCCAGGUCUUCUUGGGAUCACAUCCACUGUUCCUCCAACUCUACUUCCCCGUGCGACUCCAGCUGCCCCCACAUCUUCCCAUUCAACCUCUGAAACAAUGGUGGAUUCCUCACAGCCUACAGCUACAUCUGAACAGAACACUGGUUCUGCAGUUCUUAAAGGGGCCUCUCUAAUGGGGACUCCUUUCAUGCCUUUCCCACUAACUCCAGCAGCCACACCCUUGUUCACCCCUCAGAUACAGGGCCCAUACUUCCAACAGCUGUAUGGCUUGAAAAAACGUCUGUUUCCCAUUAAUCCAGUAAUUCCCCACACACUCCUUGGGCUUCUCCCAGGGUCACUUAAACCAAAUCCUGAACCUUCACCUCAUCAAAAAACAGAUUGCCCCCAGACCAAAGCAACAAAUCAGUGUAGUGGGGAACAGGAAGCAAUGACGGGAGAGGAAGAAAGUUUUGAACAUGAAGAUGACUUAGAAGAUGAGGACAUACCCAUGGUGGAUGUGGCAAUAAGGUACCAGUGUCAGCGUUGUAAGAUGUCCUUUGAUGAGGAGGGAGAAGCUGAAGCUCACCAAGGUUCAGGCUGCUACCCUGGCUCUCCUCCUCACCCACCCCCACUCAGGCAGAGGGUAUGCACCUACCACUGCCUGUCAUGCCAAGUUCUGCUGCAGGGUCCAGCGGCUCGCAACCAACACCUGAGGUCACAGCAGCACCGUGUGCAUAGCAUGUGCGGUGAUGGAGCAUCCUCUGCAAUACCUCAACUCAGGCCAAAGAGUGCUGCUACCUCUGUGCUCAUGGCUUUAUAGAGACGCUUUUAAAGUGUUCUCAUUUUCUUCUUUAGCUGUCCUUCUAACUUUCUUUCCAAGUCUGUCUCCCUCUUUAUUCUAUCUUUUUCUGUGUUUGUGUUUCUUGUCUGUUACAGAAGCACUCCCUCACUUAAGGAUGCUUCCUCCUACUUCUCCUGCUGAAAUGAGCCACACUGCUCCCUUGAUUGUCUCUUUCCCAUGUCUCUUCAGCAGGAAAGUUCCACACAAAGAUACCACGUGCAGGCCAAAAAGAAAACAAAAACCUAAAACCUCUACAAAGAUUCUGAGAACCCAAAGUUUUUCUGCAUUUCCCAUUUCUGGUGCCAAAAUGAGUGUCCCUUCCCUGACCUUAUGUCUUGCACCCUUUCUGCUUUCCAAAGGAGAGGGCAAUGGCAGAUAAACUGUGGGGGAUAAAGGGAGGGAAAAGACUGAAAUUAACCAAAAGUUCCAAGACUUUAGGAGCAAAAGCAGAGACAGCUCCCACGCCUCUCCAACACAGCGGAUGUGUGCACACAAUAUGCGUGGGGAUUUUACUGCAAAGGAAGGAAAUCCUACCUUCCAACAUUAAUAUGACUGUGUUAUUCUUAGGGUUAAAGACUAUACCCUAGAAACUCUAAUGCUUUAACCAUUCGUGGACAGAUAAAGGGAAGGGCUUUAUCUUUUUGGGGGAGGGGUAGGGGCAUUUUUCACUCCCUUAAAUUCUUUAUCACACGUCUAUGUUUUAAGCUUGGGGUAUUUGGGAAAGGGGUGAACUGUGAAAAUUGCCAAACAAUAGCAUAAGAAAAAAAAACUUUUGAAUCCAAAGUUAUGUGGAAACAUGAGAACACCAACCAAAAAAUUUUAUCAUCGAAGAAGAAAGAUAAAUGAAAAAAAGGACAUAUAUUUGUAUUAUGUGGGAAAAAAUAGCUACAAAUGGAGAAAGCUGGGUCACAGCAUAGUGCUUUACAAUGAGCAGCAUGUGUUCUUUUUGUUAUGGUACACAUACAUUUUGCUUAGUCAUUUUCUGGCCAGAGAGGGCGCAAUGUAGCCUAAUCAGUCAUGGAUUUCCAGCCCGUGGUCCUACUCCUUUCCACUUUUUUUCCAUAUAGUGCUGGCACAGCAUUUCCCACAUGGGGCAAUAUUUAUCAAUGGGUGUAAAUAGAGCUUGCCUUUAAUAGGAUUAUUUUACAAUCAUGUGUAACAGAGAGUUUAUUCUGUUUUAUAUAAAAGGCUGUAUCAAGCUUUAUUUUCAUGUUUUGAUAAAUGUGGCCUACAAUGUUAGUUACAUAAGUCUCCUCCCUGCCGGGGGUUUCAUUCCAAGUCCCCUAACACAGGCUCGUAGACUAGGUUUAGCUUGAUCAGAUACUGAUUACACUACCGGUAUAUUUAUGCACUGUGGGAGGGAACUGGAAUCCAGGGAAGAGACUACUCAAACUCAAGUAAAGCAUACAAACUCUACAAAGAAAGAGCCACAAAUUUGAACCGUGUCAUCCUUGGGAUGCUUGGAGCAUGAGGACCACAUGAUGGACAUUCUUAUCAUAAUACUGAAAAAUACAAUUACCACAUGAUGUAAUAAUACUGUAUGUCAAUUGAUUUGUUACUAAAGGGCAGUAUACUAUACUAAAUCGGGCCCUGGGAAUUUAACUGAAAUUUGAAAAUUCAAGAAAUGGUCAGUCACAAGUCAAGAAUCAAUCUUUUUGAUUUCCUGUCUUUCUGCCUUAACUCAGUAUUGCUUCUUGAUCUAUCCUACACAUGCUAUCAUUUCUCAUUGAUCUGCACAUCUUAGUAUGUGCUCUAACGCCAAAUGUAGGUAUUUCCCCUUGUUUUGUCUUUGUUUUAUACACUUUCAUCAUUUUCUAGAGAUUUCUGCAUAUUAAGGCAUGAUUAAUUGGUAUUCUGGGCCACAAUUCCCAGCUGGAGCAUUCUGUGUUAUCUGGAAGGCUGUAGCAAUCACCUGCUCACUCCGAUACCUCUAUUAUAAGCGUAUCCCAGUUUUCGCCAGUGGUGAAUGAUAUAAGAAUGCACUGCAGAUUUAAAGGCUAAGCUUUAACAUGCCCCAUUCGAUCAGGCUCAUUCUCUUUACGUUUAAUAACACCAUUAUAAAUUUUUGAUGCUGUAUGAAUCCUAUCAAGCUGUUGCAACAUUCUCAAUCUGCCAUCUCUUUCCAAUUUUAAAUUCAAAAUUUCUGCUCUAAAACCUUCACUCUCACCAGUACCCUAGCAUUUUUGCUGCAUUCUUUUUCAAACCGUCUACUGUUCUUCCCAUGCCUAUUGUCAGCACUUUGUCCUAUAAUGCCUCUUUCCUAACCAUAGUCUUCUCUUGUGUUCUUCCUUUCAUGAUACUUUUUGUUUGCCUUCCUCUGUCUCUUCACAUAGACAUAGGCACAUAAACCUUGUUUUCAUUUUUGACCAGGUGUUCAACUAUUUAAUGAUCUAUAUUCCUUUAUACAUUGUCCUGUAUGCUCAAAUGUUAUUCGUUACAUUUUAUUUUUCUUUAUUGUUUGUCCUCUCCCUCAAAGUGUGUUAUUCCUAUCGUUCACAAUGUCACUUUGGCCUUUGAUUAUCAGUUUGUAUUAUUUGCCCUCUUACAUCUAUUCUCUCUUGUUUCAUAUCAUUCUCCACCUGCUUUCUCUGUUAUUGCAGGCACUAUUUUUUUUAUCCUUCCUUCUCAAUUACCGGUAAGUGAUUUCUACCAGUAAGUAGCUGCUAGGAGAAUCAUGCCAAAACUGUCAUAGGUCAUAGUAUCUGGCUACUUUUGUUGCAUAAAACAGCCUGUCAAUUAGUUACACAUACUGUUUUAAAUUUCAAGACAAGAUAAAUAUAUAUAUAUAUAUAUAUAUAUAUAUAUAUAUAUACUAGCUCAAUAUGUUACAUGCUAGGCAAGCAUUAAGAAAUCUGUACAAAUUUCCCUGUUAUGGGGGUUUUUUUUGAAGAUUUUACAUGAAUAUGAAAUGCAAAGAUGCAAUACUAGAGUAUUUAGGGUAUGUUCCAAAUUAAAAUGAUACUGCUAAUUAUCUUGCAUAAAAAUAUUCUGUUCUUGGGCGGAUCCUUACAGUUACUCUCAGGAUGCUAGCCAAUCAUCCAAUUCAUGCCCUUUGCCAGCUUAGCAACAUGUCAAUGUUUAUUGUGGCCAGUAUUUGAGGUUACUCUUCCUUGAGCUACAGCAAUCAUCAACACUUAAGUCUGUUUCCCUGCUAUCAACAAAACCAAUUAAGUAUUCUGUUUUUUAUCACAUCCACAUCCGCUCACAUUCAUGUGUGCCACAGGCAGGUUGGGCCUACUGCUCUGGUUGAAUAUUCAGGUAAAAUGGCAGACUCCUCAAAAAAAAAAGAAAAGGAUUCUGCAAACACUAAGACAGCACAGUCGAGCACAGCUUGCCCAACCAGAGCAAAUCUUUUCCGGCUCAUUGUGUAUGAGUUAUGUGUGUCCCAUGUUCUACCUGUAGCCUCACCCUGUCUAGUGACCAGCUGCUCACCCGCCAUGGAUUGUCGCAUGCAAAGAGUUUCUGAGUGAUGUAUAAAUGGUAAAAAAAUAUAAAACUAACAUAAAAUGUUA